UGAACCUUCACUUACUCUUAUGCACUUCACCAAAUAUCUUUUUCUUAUGCUCCUCGAUCUCAAUAACCAAAUACAUAUAUAUCACUUCAACUCUUGACAUUGAGCUUAUUACAAGUACGUACCCACGUAUAUAAGCGCAAAAAUGGAGAACACCACUACAGUAGUUGAUCAUGUUAAAUCACCAGCUGGCUCAGCAACUAACAUUAUUAGCCAUUGUAACAUAACACAAUCUCCAAAUCAAAACCAAUCUCCAACAUCUCAGUUUCCUUUAGUUCGCGAAUCUUUACGGCCAAUUACACUCAGGUUUGAAGAUUUGGCAUAUACAAUAAGGUCACAAUCUGGUGAUGAUCACGGUUCCAGUUCACAAACAUCGAAUACCACACGAACUCUUCUGAGUGGAGUUAGUGGUGUGGUUCGGCCCGGGGAGUUACUAGCCAUGAUGGGUCCAUCUGGAAGCGGAAAGACCACCUUACUAACUGCGCUAGCUGGCAGACUACCUGGAAAGCUUUCGGGUACCAUAACCUAUAGUGGGCAGCCCUUUACUAACUCAAUAAAAAGAAAAACCGGUUUUGUGACACAAGAUGAUGUUUUAUACCAACAUCUAACCGUUAUCGAAACUUUAACUUAUGCUGCUCUUUUAAGGUUGCCCAAAAGUUUGUCACAACAAGAGAAAGUAAAGCAAGCAGAGCUCAUAAUAAACGAACUUGGGUUAACCAAGUGUCGUGAUAGUAUCGUUGGUGGGCCACUUAUUCGAGGCGUUUCAGGUGGGGAGAGAAAAAGGGUUAGUAUUGGACAAGAAAUGCUUGUGAACCCGAGCUUGCUGCUUUUGGACGAGCCUACUUCAGGGCUGGACUCAACCACGGCGUUACGUCUGGUUGCAACGUUAAAAAGGCUGGCUCAAGGAGGGAGGAGUGUGGUCACCACAAUCCAUCAGCCAUCUAGCAGGUUAUACUGGAUGUUUGAUAAGGUUGUGGUCCUAUCGGAUGGGUGCCCGAUAUACAGUGGGCAUACGGGCCGGGUUAUGGAGUAUUUCAGCUCGAUUGGGCAUGUACCCGGGUUUAACUUCAUGAACCCUGCUGAUUUUGUUCUUGAUCUUGCAAAUGAUGUGUCCCCAACUAAAAACCAAGAUGAUCAUCAAGGAAUAAGACCAGACCAUCAUGAAGAUCAAGAAUCUAUUAAACAGUUCCUAAUAUCAUCUUACAAAAAGAACCUCCACCCUCUAGUAAAAGACGAUAUUCGCCAAAAUGCCCGAGACACAACUCGAGUUAUUCAAGGGAUGACACAAUCCACACAAAAUUGUGAUCAACACAAACUACAAUGGACCACGAGUUGGUGGACGCAAUUCAAAGUCUUGCUAAAGAGGGGACUUCGAGAGAGAAGACAUGAAUCGUACUCGGGAUUACGAAUCUUUCAAGUGAUGUCUGUUUCGAUCCUUUCGGGACUUUUAUGGUGGCAUUCGGAUUUGUCCCACUUGCAAGAUCAGGUGGGACUUCUCUUUUUCUUUUCAAUAUUUUGGGGAUUUUAUCCGCUGUCGAAUGCCAUAUUCACCUUCCCACAAGAUCGCCCAAUGCUAACAAGAGAACACUCCUCUGGGAUGUAUCGACUCUCCUCAUACUACUUCGCUAGGAUGGCAGGGGAUUUACCAAUGGAGCUAGUCCUUCCAACUAUCUUUGUCUCCAUUACAUAUUGGAUGGGUGGUCUUAAACCAUCAUUUGUCACAUUCAUCCUCACCAUCCUAAUCAUUCUUUUCAACGUGCUCGUUUCACAAGGACUCGGGCUAGCCAUAGGUGCUUUAUUAAUGGACCUAAAACAGGCCACUACUUUAUCAUCAGUAGUCAUGCUAGUGUUCUUGCUAGCUGGUGGUUACUAUGUUCAACAGAUUCCGCCUUUUAUUUCAUGGUUGAAGUACAUAUCGUUUAGCCAUUAUUGUUACAGACUGCUGUUGGAAGUGCAAUACAGUAAAAAUGAGGUUUAUGAGUGCGGAAUCGGUGUUCGUUGUAAGGUUUCUGAUUUUCCAGGUAUCAAAAACUUGGGGAUGGGUAAUUUGUGGUGGGAUGUAGCUGCUUUGGGUAUCAUGUUGACCGGGUAUAGGCUUAUAGCUUAUGUCGCUCUGCAGAUGAGAAAAUCUCGUUAAUAGCGUAACUAGCUUGGAGUAUAUAUCUGCUGGUGGAAAACAAGUAGUUAUUAAGGUUUGAUCAUAGUACUGGAUGUGUUGGAGUUAGCCAAAUAUUUGAAAUUGCAACUCUAACUGUGUGUGCCUUUUCGAUAUUUAGUUCAUAAGGUAAGAAUGGCCUCAUUAGGCAUAUAAGUAAUGAAGUAUUUUUAUUUUUCUGGA